AUAGGCACCGAGAGCAGAGAGCGGAGCAGUCGGUUGUCGGUCCUCGGCAGGAUCGCACGCGCCUACACGGAACACGAUGCGCUGACGGCAAGCACAGGACGCCGAUGACGACCCCCUGACUGAGGCUGCCCAGCCCCCCAGCCGACAUGCGGCCAGCGGCCCUUUGCUGCGGCCUGGCCGCCUUCCUCUGCCUCUUCGACGCAGUGCACGCCAGGCGGGCGCACAAAUUCGAAGUGACGGAACAGAACCUGAAAAGAUUGCUGACAACGCACGAGUGGAAGAAUCUGUUUGGUCCAGAGGAGGAAUUGUUCAGACGUGAUGAGCCGGAAUUUCUAAAACGAGUGAGUGUGGUGUGGCCGAAGGAGUCUUGGCGGCGACGGCGCCGCCGCCGAGUGCAUGAGAGGAUCAACGAAAGCGCCGGCGAAACCGACGAGAACGCCGCGUACACUCCGGCGAGGAGCGUCCGACUCGUGUUCACCAAUCGCACCGAGGCACCAUUGCUCCUCAGCCUCGAACACCUACCUCCUUCCAGUAACGUGGUGGACGACGGACUGCUGGUUCUGUCGCGCUACGCUAACUCGACGUCGCAGCUGCCGGACUGGACGGUGCGGCGCGAGGAGGAGUGCCUGUUUCGCGGAGACGCCAACCAAGUGGUCGAUGGCGCGUCCAAGAAGCAUGGACAGGCCGCCGUGUCGCUCUGCGGGGGCGUCAUCCGGGGUCUGAUCGUGCGGGACCACGAGUAUCAAGUGAUAAGCCCACUGCCCAAUAGACUGACCCGCAGAGCGCCGACGAGAAGGGCCGUCGCCCUGGCAGACACGCCCCACAUUCUCAUCAGGGGCCAGGCGCCCCCAGCGCACCUCCAGGACCUCGAGUGCGCCGCCGAGAGGGCGCUCAAGAGGGAGAAGAGGAACCUCAACGAAUUCUUCAAGCGAUCUUUCAGGGGUGGUGGUGCAGGGGUUGGCGCGACGACGAGGGGCUGGUGGCGGCCAUCGCCAGCAGCCAUAGCCUCAAACCGUCGCAGGAGCGGCCGCGGCGUCCUGCACAACGGGCCGCUGUUCGUCGAGCUGGCCGUCUUCGUGGACCGAGACCUCUUCAGACACAUGGCCGUCAACUUUCCGAGAGACACCGAAAGAGAAGUCACCAGGGUUGUCCUCGCCAUGAUCAAUGCGGUGCAACUGCUGUACCACGACGCGUCGCUGGGUCGUGCGGUGACCUUCGUGUUGAAGCGGCUGGAGGUGCUGCACGCCGAGCCGGCGGGGCUGACCCGCUCGCACGACAUCGACCGCUUCCUGUCUAGCUUCUGCAAGUGGCAGCGACUCGAGAAUCCGGCGUUGGACAGCGACCCCUUGCACUGGGAUCACGCCGUGCUGCUCACCGGCCUCGACCUCUAUGUCCAGCUCGGCGGCAAGUCGCCUGGAAAACUGUCGUCGCAGGUGGUCGGGUUGGCGCCUGUGGGAGGGAUGUGCUCGCGGGCCAGCAGUUGCACGGUGAACGAGGGGCGCCACUUUGAGAGCGUCUACGUUGUCGCGCAUGAAAUCGGUCAUAAUUUGGGAAUGCGUCACGACGGGCCUAUGUCCGACAACGAGUGCGACCCAGGCAGUUUCAUCAUGUCACCCACGCUGGGCUCGGGCAAGAUCACCUGGUCGCAGUGCAGCAGGAAGUACCUGGAGAAUUUCCUCGAAACUGAGCAGGCGAGUUGUUUGUGGGACCGGAGUGUACCGGAGCCAGGACUGGACCACGCUGCCGGCGGACUCUUGCCAGGAGAGAGAUUCUCUGCUGAUCAGCAAUGCAUGCUGAAAUACGGUAGCGGCAGCUCUCACGCCAAAACGCAGCCGCUGGACGACGUCUGCAGGGACCUGCACUGCCAGAGAGACAGGUACACCUGGACCUCGCACCCUGCCCUGGAAGGAACAACCUGCGGAAUCAGCAUGUGGUGUCGGAGCGGCCGGUGCGUGUCCAAGGGUUUGUCGGCGCAACAAGCCGGCUUUUGGCCCGAGAGGCUGGUGGCCGGCUCGUGGGGCGAGUGGAGCGCCUUUUCCGAGUGCGCCUCCAGCUGUCUGCACGGCUCCGGAGGUCUCGACGCCGGCAGCUCAGGUAUCGAGGUUGCGGCAAGAAGGUGCGACAAGCCGAGGCCAGAAAACGGCGGCAAGCAGUGCGUUGGAAGCGACAGGCGGUACCGGGCCUGUGAAGCCGCUCAGAUUUGCUCGAAUGUGCCUCGAACGACGUUGCGUGACUUUGCUGACGAAGUGUGCGGACGCGCCAAAGAAGUCGACGCUGAUCUUCUCGGAACUGGCACCCAGAGGGAGUCCUCCGACCCUGUGGAAGCGUGUGCAGUCUGGUGUUACAAAAAGCGGGGUGGUGCGAAAAACCGAGGAUGGACCUUCCCCGACGGCACAGCCUGCAAAGGACUGCCCCGACAACCGAAUAACAAUCGGGUGAGCCGACGCUCCGGAGCUUUGUUCCCUUCCAACAACAAAAGAGGACUUUGCGUUUCUGGACGUUGCGAAUACUUCUCCUGCGCGCCAGACGCGACUUUCAAGGAAGACCCUGAAAUUUGCACUCUACAGAGCAACCGCGCCCGAAUCGCGUCAAACUCAAUAAACAACUUGCGAAACGAGACGUCCACGUGGUCGGCGUGGAGGCCCCUUCCGGCCAGUGGCGGACGCUGUAAGUCCAACUGUAUAGCGCCAGGUCGCGGCCUUAGACUCGUUUCUCGGGAUUGCAGAGGGCCUUGCACCGACGGCGACUCGAGAAGCAUCCAACUUUGCGAACCUGAAGAUUCACAGAGUUGCGUGAGGUUGAAAACGCCGUUUGAGCAUGCCAGUGCCGUUUGUUCGAGAUAUAAAGAGAGAGUUAGAAGACUAUCUGGAAUCGGAAUGCAAAUUUCCCCGUCGAUUGAGGAUCCCGACCGACCGUGUCGAGUUGCCUGCCAGGAUGAGGCCGUACCUCACAGGUUUUACCUGGUAAACGGCGAGGAGGGUUGGUUUCCCUUCGGCACGGAUUGCGGUCGCGGCGUUCGCUCGAGACAGGCGUAUUGCGUCAGUGGCAAAUGCCUGGAGUUCGGCAGCGACCUGACCCCCAGGCUGCAGUCUCACAGGCUCAUUCCACACGGAGUCCACCAGCUUCUGUCCGAGAGAAGAAGGAGGAGCGUUUUGCCUGCCAACGAAUCUGCCGUCGUCACUUCACAACUCGAUUCAGACACUCUCAACUACCUGAUUGACACAAUUGAAGGAAAAACGGCCAACGCGAACAAAGUGAAGCUAGAUGAACCUUCUCUGGACCUGCACAAUCCAAUCCACGUGAACAACCCACCCAUGCAAACAGUAGACGACACUGCAGCUGGGUACGCAGUGGCGAGCAGCGAGGAUGCGAAAUCUUCUUCUGCAAAAUUAGUCCUGGACUGGUGCCUUAUUUUACUGCUAGCCGUGCAGUUACAAAGAUGAGCUGCGUGGAAGUCGAGUGCGUGUGACGAUUCAAGUGGACUUCAUUAGCUAGUGACGAAGUGAGCG